ACAUGAAUAUCUAAAUGCGAUGCGUCCGACUCGAAAAUUUCAAAUCCAAAAGUGAAAAUUUAUUGACAUUUUCUGUAUCUAAUAGUUUAAUAAUCGAGGAAUGAUAAUUCUAAUUUAGCGUACAAACAGUAUGUAUAUGUGUUUAUAUAUAAAGGUAUUUCGCAAAUUGUGAAACAUUACAAGAUAUCUUCUGUCUCUCAUGAUAUUGAAUAUCGAGCGAAAAGCAUCUCACACAUGCCCCUCCUGGGGAUCUCAUUAGGGGAGCCGUCUUGAUACGGCUCUGGACGACGAUCCCGCGAUUUGGACUUUUGGACUAUCGUGUACGUAGAGAUCACUUCCGAUGCUGAGGAAUGCAUGAACAUGUUUUACGAGUGAUUAAUGCCCAAGUACAGGUUAUUCAGCCGGACCCAGCGAAAUUCGUUAGUAAACAUGCAGCCGCGGCAUUAUCGUGAGUGAUCGUCGUUAUAACGCCCGAUUAUAAUGGCAGAGAACCUGUCAAAACGGCCUUCCAAGGGAAUUCUCAAGACGUCCAGCAGUUUUGAUAAUCCAGAGGCGCCUAGACCAAAUAAAGAAACAACAUGGGACGAAAUGAAUAUUAUUGCUACUCUUCAUCCUGCUGACAAGGAUUAUGGUCAUAUGAAGAUCGAAGAACCAAAAACCCCAUACAAUUUUGAAGGCCUCCAAAAUGAACAUGAAUUUGAUCAAUUAGAUGCUAGCACUAUUGCAGCAAAAUUAGCUGGAAGUAGCAAACCCAAAAUUUUCGAAGAAUCUAGCGAAGAAGAGGAGGAUGAAGAAACUCCUGAAGAAAAAGAAAGGAGGAGAGCUUUUGAGGCAAAAAGAAAGGGCCAUUAUCGAGAAUGGCAUGCCGUACAAAUGGCAAGACGACUUUUAGAGCAAGAUGAAUUAGAAGAAGAUGAUGAUGGCGGUAAUGAUGGUGGUAAAAAUAACGAGGAAAAUUCGUCAGAGGAGGAAAGUGAUUUUGACACCCGCUUCAAAUGCAUGCCGUCCUGUGAUAGAAAUGAAAAAAAAUAAACAAAAAGUAUUGAUUAGUAAUUUUAUUUUUAAAUCGCCCAUCAUUAUUAUAAUUUUGUGGCGAUGUCUGCUUUAUCAUUUAACGCUAUUGUGAUUAAAAUGUUUGUUAUACAUUUAAAUGCCCAAACACAUACAUACACACUAAAUAUCGAAUUUUAAUCCUGUGUAUAUAGCUUUAACAGCUUCACCCUCUGUAAAUAAACAUUUUAAAAACCUGGAUGUUUAUAGAGUAAUCUAUUGUUAGAUUUUUCCAACAUUAUAGAUAAAAUAAUAGUAAUAUUAUAUAAUCACAAAUUUUUUUCUUUUUUUUAGUUACUAAUUUAACUCAGAAAUAUUAAUUAAACUAUGCACAAAACUCGUCACGUGUAAUCAUUUAGAUAAGUUUAUAUAGACUGCGAUUUGUAAAAGCUUUGCUCGUUUCGCAUGUUAUUACAGAAGAGGCCUAUCUUUUGUUACUUUAUAGAGUUGGUUUUAACAAUGUUCUUGUAAAAUUUAAUAUCUUUGGAGAAAUUUGCAGAGGGAUUCUCUCUUGAUCAUUGUAUCAAAAUUCGACGAACAAUAAGGCUGAAGGCUGAACAAAGCCCUCUCACAUAUAGUGAAAAUUUAAGAUGCCAUAUAUAAAUUUUAGUCAAAAACUUGUGUACCUAAAAUGUUAGAAUACAUGUGUAACACAAGUCCUGUGAUUAGCAUAGGCAUAUGCUAUGUAACAUUCGAAUGUAUGACCUCGAACUUUCGUUUUUUCUCGUAAUGCUUGAUUUUAUUUUCCAAACUCUCUAUAAAAGAAAACGAAAUAUAUAGAUUAUUUACAUAGACAUGUAAUGAAAUUAUCAAUUCGUGUAACGCGUAUUUAUCAAUUAAGUAAACUUUAAUCUAGACCUGUCCAAGUUUAUUUGAGUCUACGCGCGUAUUUAUUCUCUCCUUUACUCCUAUAUACCAUCUCUAUACUCUUUCUCCUAUACUACACUUCAUAUUCCUCAACCAUUUGUGCCGUCGUUAUUUUUCCAAGCAAUUUUUCCAAAUUAAUCGAUCACAACGCAAGGAUACAACGAACAUAUGUCUAUAUAAUUUGGGUCUUCCCUUUCUCCCUUUUUCUCUUGUAUUUCCUAUGUCUUAUUAAGAGGAUUUUAUUCAGCAGCGUAAACAAGAAAAAGUAUUUUGUUUAUGAAUCAAAACUUGGACAGGCUUAAUUUAGUAAGUUGUAUACUGUUGAUAGAAUACAUAUUUAAAAAAAUUUCGAACAUAGAAUACGUCCAAACGCGGUGACGUUAUGUUUAGUACCAUAAUUAAGAAAAAAAAAAAAAAAGGUAAAUUAAAUAUAUCCAAUUAUCAAAAUUUUGAAUGUCUGUAUAUUAUAUAAUGGAAUAAAGCAUAUUAUAUAUAAUAGAUUUUGAAUAGUAUUUUAUAAGCGUAGCGUCUGAAAGUUGAGAAACAAUUCAUAUUGUAUAGAUACGUAAUAAAAUAAUAAAACAUUUUCAAA